AUGGCCGCCAGCAACGAUUUCCGUGGCUGGGUCAUGAGUGCCGUCUCCGGCCUGGCCUGCGUCUUGGGAUCGUCCAUCAUCUGCGUCGAUUUGCUUCUCCGCCGUUUCUCCCGCCGCAAACACUUUCAAAUCGUCAGCAACAAUGGCUUUCUCUCAGCCUCGCUGUGCCUCAGUGCCGGCGUCAUUCUCUUCACCUCCCUCUACAGCAUGCUUCCCACCGCCCACGAGUACCUCCUCCGCGCGGGCUGGUCACCGACUCUUGCCGCCUACUCCCUUGUCGGUCUCUUCCUAACCGGUGUAAUCGUCAUCCGGUUGUUAUCGGCCUUUAUCCAUCGCUACAUACCCUCCCAUGUCGUUGACUGCGCCCAUACCCAUGAUCUUCCUCCCUCUGACCUCGAGCACGGCGACCGCCACCACCACCACCACCACCACCAUCAUCAUGAACAUCGCCACCCGCAUCCCGCAGAGUCCACCCCCCGCAUGUCCGAACGCACCCCCCUCUUAACCCGUUCAUGUAAAUCGACUCCCGCGGUUCCUCUCCUUCCCCAGGAGAGUGAACUCGAAACACCCCCAUACCGCUCUGAGCCGUGGCGAGUUCGCUUGGCACGACGCUGGAACCGCUGGAUGGGCGGGGUGAAGGCUCAAUGUGAUGAAAACGGCCCCUGUUACGGCUUUUCACAGGCUUGUGGCCGCGAAUGUUCCAAGACCCUCGUCAUCGCGGAAGUUCCCACCACCGAUGACCUCGACAUUCAUCCCCCGCGACUCGAGCCCAGCCGGGCAGAUUCAGCCCCCCCUCAUCUGCACCACUCUCUCCCCGAACCCAACGCACCCUCUUCGUCGUCUUCAUCCAGUACAGGCCUGCUGGACUACAACAGCUCAUCCGCCGACGACGCCGCAAAGCCACCGCUUCCCCCGGCGAAACCCCAACACCAUCACCACGUCCCCCAAAAUGCCUUCCUCUCCAUUGGCCUGCAGACUUCAGUCGCCAUCGCCCUGCACAAGCUGCCUGAGGGCUUCAUCACAUACGCCACGAACCAUGCCAGUCCCACCCUCGGACUGACCGUCUUCCUCGCCCUGUUCAUUCACAACAUCAGUGAGGGUUUUGCCAUGGCGCUACCGCUCUACCUCGCCCUGCACUCGCGCGUGAGGGCCAUGUUCUGGUCCAGCCUACUCGGCGGCAUCAGUCAACCGGCUGGUGCCGGUUUAGCCGCCCUUUGGAUUUGGGGCGCGCAGCACGCCGGCCGGUCCGGUGGCGGCGAUGCUUCUGAUCCGCCGUGGGCCGUGUAUGGGGGUAUGUUUGCCGCGACAGCGGGCGUCAUGACUUCUGUGGGACUGCAGCUCUUCAGCGAGGGGUUGGGUCUGACGCAUCACCGCGGCAUGGGCAUUGGAUUCGCGAUUGGGGGGAUGGGCCUGAUGGGGCUCAGUUUUGCCUUGACUGCGUAG